AUGCUAUCCAAAACCCUCGCCGUCGCCUUACUAGCCAACAGUGUGCUUGCACACGGUGACCAUGAGCACCAGAUUCCCAUUCAAGGUCCUCACAAAGCUCUCUGGUACAAUACCUUGCCCGGUGAUGGUGGGACUCAGGCGGACUCUGUCUUCUCUGGUAUAUCGACAUUCGGACGGCUGCCAUACUUUCCAUGCUUAGCAUCGGAUGAUGCAAAGUAUGACAUCGCUUUCAUCGGAGCUCCAUUCGAUACCGGAACUUCGUACAGACCGGGAGCCCGUUUUGGGCCUUCUGGAAUCCGACAAGGUUCUCGCCGUCUCAAUCUUUAUGGUGGUUACAAUGUUCCACUUGAAACAAACCCCUUCAACAGUUGGGCGACGGUCCUAGACUGCGGAGAUAUACCAGUAACCUCAUAUGACAACACAUGGGCACUCCACCAGAUAGAGGAAGGACACAACUCCCUUUUGACGCGCGCACCCGCAACGGACGCAAAGAAGAAGGGCCCAGCAAAGAAUGGCAAGACUCUUCCAAGAAUCAUUACCCUUGGUGGAGAUCACACCAUCACCCUGCCGCUGCUUCGCUCCAUCAACCGCGCUUACGGGCCAGUUUCUGUCAUUCAUUUCGACUCGCAUCUAGACACCUGGAAGCCAAAGGUCUUCGGCGGGUCUCCAAGUAAGGUUGCAAGCAUCAACCACGGUACUUAUUUCUACCACGCUGCGCAAGAAGGCCUGCUUGCCAAUGACACCAAUAUCCAUGCUGGAAUCCGCACAACUUUGAGUGGACCCAGUGACUAUGAGAACGACGGAUACUGCGGUUUCGAGAUUGUCGAAGCCCGCGAAAUUGAUACCAUCGGUAUGGACGGGAUCAUCAAGAAAAUUCGCGACCGUGUUGGUACCACGAAGCCAGUGUACUUGUCACUCGACAUUGAUACUCUAGAUCCCGCUUUCGCGCCUGCCACUGGCACACCCGAGACUGGAGGGUGGUCAACCAGAGAACUCCGAACCAUCAUCCGAGGGUUGGAAGGCAUUAACCUUAUCGCUGCCGAUAUUGUUGAGGUUGCUCCUGCGUACGAUACCAAUGCCGAGCACACUACAAUGGCUGCCGCCGAUGCCCUCUACGAGAUCAUGAGCUUGAUGGUGAAGAAAGGCCCUUUGAGCAAAAUGAUUGACAGUUCAGAAGAAGAGGGUCAGACUGAGAUGUAA